CCUGCAUGUUGUGCCACGUGGGUGGAGAACCCGGGAGGGACCCGCGCAGAGCAACCGCGCGGACGUCACGCAUUAGGAGAGGUCUGGGAAGGAGUAUAUCUUCCUGUAGAGGUGAUGGGAAGAUCAGCACCUUGGAGAGAGAUCCCUCUACCUGCAGUCCAGGACCCCGGACAGCGCACAUGAGUGAGCAGAAUGGAAAGCUGCGCCCGCCCACUGCACCUCAGGAUCCACCCCGAGGCACCACAUAUGGUGGAGAAUGCGGGCACACUGAUGCCACGCUGUGGAAGUUGGUCUGGGCAGAAGAACCGACACGAGUGAAUGGAAGCCACACCCCCUGGGGAACAGCGAAGAAAGAGACGACUGGCUGCCCCUACACUAGCCGAGAUGCAAGGGGUAGAAGCAGAGGAGGGGUCCAGAGGGAUGAUGAUGGAAGCGGUCAUCAACGAGCUGGCCAGGUCCCAGCGAGCCCUGCAGGAAGCGGUGGUCGAACUCUGUCGCCUAUCUCCUCGUGACAGAUCAAGACGAACCCCCCGAGAUGUGUUGAUGAAAAUGACGGGCGACGAUGAUGUUGAAGCAUAUCUCCAUGUGUUUGAGCGCGCAGCUCAACGCGAAGAAUGGCCACAGGCAGACUGGGCGGCCAUACUAGCCCCCUUCCUGACGGGGGAGGCCCAACAGGCCUACCGGGAUAUGGCCCAGGCUGAUGCCAUCGACUACCUCAAGUUGAGGAAAGCCAUCCUGGCCCGAUAUGGGUUCAGCCUACCCGCACGAGCCCAACGAUACCACGACUGGUCAUAUGACGCCUCCCAGCCUGCCCGGUCCCAAAUCGCCGCCCUGACCCGCCUGACUAAGAGCUGGCUGGCUGAGGAAGAUGGGCCACCCCUGUUGGAGAGGGUGGUUUUGGACCGAUGCACCCGCGCCCUACCGAAGGAAGCCAAACGGUUUGUGGCACAGAUGGGCCCCACCUCUGUAGAACUACUAGUAGGCCUCCUCGAAAACCAUCAGGUAACCCAGAAGAUGCUCCAAUCAGACCGUACUGAAACCCAGAGCCGCACAACCAGGGGCCCACAGCCUGUGAAGCACCCACCAGCCCGGCCCUGA